AUGAUUGUUUUGAUUGGAUUUUACUCUCUUUCAUUAACAUCUACGAACUAAUUAGUCGUUAAGAGGUUUAGUUCUACAAUAUCUAAGACUCGCUUGAUAUCAGAAUCGUUGGCACAUUUCAAAUUCGGCUUUGUUUUGUUAAGAAUAGCUUAAUUGCAACCGCCAAUAAAUAAUUGGAUAUAUCUAGAUUCUUUUGUUGCAAAACUUCCUUAUAAUGUUGAGUUAAGAGUUACUGGACAUUUAUAAUUGUAUUAAAGUCCAAAGCUAUCAGUUUAUACAGUUUCUCCCAGAAAUCUACCAGGAGGGCAUUUAUCUAGAGGCAGAUCUUUGACAUCCAUUUUAUAAGAAGCCCCAUCAUUCGACCAAGCAAAGUAUACUUCCUGGAACUAUACAGAUACAUAUCUAUCAAUAUUUGCAGUAAUGUUUGGAUCAGAUUAUUACUCUUGUAAGUAAGGGAGAUUGGGUGGCCGAAUUGAUCCUAUUAUCUGA